CUUUCGGUACGGUACAAGCAUGAACAUUGUUGGCUCAACGAAUGGAACUCGUCCUAAAAUGGGCGGUUCUGUGCAGUCAGUGUUGGCCUGCUUUCUUGCCUUUCAAUCUGCAUGGAUGCAGGCAGUCAAAAGACAUAAGACGUGAGAGCUCCCUUGCUUAGAUUCUGUUCCUAGGGGGGAAUUUGCCCUUCACAGGGUCGGCGAAGAGUGUACUUCGUAUAACUGACUAAGACUGAGUGAUCCAUCACAUUGGGACAACAACGAGAGGGCAUCUUUGGAGUCACCUUGCACACCAACCCAGGAACUAAGAUCUUAAAAAGGUUCGACACGAAGCCAGGGUUUGUCAUUAUCUUUGAAACCUGAAAAGUUCCUCAUCAAAAGCAAACUUACACGCAUGUAUCUCGAGAAGAAUCUCACGAUAAAACUACAUUGAAGUGGUCAAGUUCUUUCUUGGCCGAAAUCGAACCGAUCGAAUCUAACAAUCUGAGUGGGGCGCUGAUUCUCCGGCACAAGCAUCAUGGAUGCCAAGGAUGUGAGUGGUGAGUUGCGGGUCUUAUCGCUUCACGCUCAUGAAGACGGAACGUCCCACCUCUAUCGACUGCAACAAGGCGUCACUUUGGAAUUUCGAUUGGGUCCCUCCCUCUUGGGGUGUGACAUUGAUCUCUUCACCAACUACCCCUUGGAUGGAGGCUCAUAUGACCGGGAGAAUUUUCGUCCUUUGACUUGGGCCUAUGAAGGAUCCAACACAAAAGAUGAUACGGCGGCUUAUGUUCGAAUCGAUAUUCAAGCCAGCGGAUCCUACAAAUAUUACUUUACCUGCUCGAGCGAGGAUGUGGGUGGUCAAGGUUUCUUCCUGGUGGACCCCAUUCUGAAAGCGGGUCCCAAUGACGAAGUGCUCAACAUUGAUUGCCUCCAGUGCCAAACCGUGUUGGCCAAAAACCUGGGCCAUAUCAAAACGUGGGAAUCGAAAUUGGAAGUGGCUAAGGCCAGUGGUUUUAAUGUUAUCCAUUUCACUCCAGUGCAGACCUUGGGAGGGUCAAACUCUGGGUAUUCUUUGGAGGAUCAACAUGGCUUGAAUGUGACUUUUGAAGCCAAUUGGUCCGAUGUCGAAAACGUGGUGAGCAAGAUGCGAAAGGAGUGGGGGAUCUUGAGCAUUUGCGACAUUGUCUUAAACCAUACUGCCAAUGAGACCAAGUGGAUUUAUGAGAAAAGCGAGGCAAGCUACAACUGUUUGAACUCUCCUCAUCUGAGACCGGCAUUUCUCUUCGAUCGAGUCCUCUAUCAUCUUAGUAAAGAUAUCGAAUCCGGCCUCUGGACGUCAAAAGGCAUCCCCAAAGCCGAGGUGUCAACUCAAGCACAUCUCGAUUCCGCCAGGGCUCUGAUUUAUGACGAAUAUUUUCCCAAAGUAAAGAUUUACGAGUUCUUCAUGUUAGAUGUGGCCACCGUACUGGACGAGUUCGAAAAAAAGAUUUUGAACUCGGACCCUCCAUCGGAUCAAGCCAACCACGGGCAUAGCUUGGAAGAUAUUGUCCUUAUCCAAGAUCCAGAGUUUCGCAGACUCAAGUGCUCGAUUGACCUGGACCUGGCUUUGAAGAUUUUUAACGUGAAACACAACCACUGCCACACGGAAGAGGAUCGCAUCUUGCACUGUUGCUCGGAAUUAAAAAAAAGACUGGACGAACUUAACCAUGAGGCGUACAACAAGGCCUGGGAGCAUCUGAACUCGGGAGUUGACAAUGUGUUCAAGGGGGCUCAUUAUCACCGGGUAGCUCAAGACGGACCGAAAGAAAUUGACUGCGGUGCGAGAAAUCCUCUCGUUUGCCAAUACUUCACCGCCGGAGAAGAAACUCUGGAGGAGGAGGAAACCAUGAUGUACGAUAAUCGUGGAGCCAAAUUCAUGGCUCACAAUGGCUGGGUCAUGGGCCAUGACCCGUUGAUCAAUUUUGCCCUCCCUGGAUCGCUUGUCUAUUUAAGACGAGAAUUGGUUGCCUGGGGCGACUCGGUAAAAUUGCGAUUCGGGGAAAAACCCGAAGAUUGCCCGUGGUUGUGGAACUACAUGCGAGAAUACACCGAACAAACAGCGCGUGUAUUUGAUGGCAUUCGCUUGGAUAAUUGCCACAGUACACCUAUUCAUGUGGCAGAAUACAUGUUAGAUGCAGCUCGCAGAGUUCGACCCAACCUUUAUGUCAUUGCCGAAUUAUUCACAAGCUCAGAGGGCAAAGACAACCUCUUUAUCAAUCGUUUGGGAAUCAACUCCCUGAUCCGUGAGGCACUCUCGGCCUGGAAUUCGCACGAGCAAGGUCGUCUCGUUCAUCGCUUUGGUGGUGAGCCCGUGGGCGCGUUUCUGCAGCCCGGACAACGGCCCUUGGUUCCCAGUAUGGCGCACGCAAUCUUUUUCGACAUGACCCAUGACAAUCCUAGUCCAGUUGAGAAACGAUCAAUCUAUGAUCUUAUUCCCAAUUCGGCUUUAGUGAACAUGGCUUGUUGUGCCAGUGGAUCGAAUCGCGGUUACGACGAAUUGGUGCCCCAUCAUAUUCAUGUGGUGUCAGAAUCCCGCACCUAUCAAAAACUCGAAGAAAUCGAUAUCGAAAAAACCAUCAUUCCUGUUAAGAAGGCUCUAAACGAUCUUCAUAAAUAUUUGGGUGUCAAAGGAUUCAAAGAGGUCUAUGUGGAUCAAAUGGACGAGGAUAUUGUAGCCAUCACUCGACACAAUCCACAAACUCAUGAAUCCAUAGUUCUCGUGGCUCACACGGCGUUUUCUAGUGGAGUGGAUCCCAAUCAUGUCCGAAUUAUCAAGCCGGUCACAGUUGAAGGCCAGCUCAUGGAGGUUGUUUUGGAGGCCAAGCUCAUGCAAGCUCAUGAUGCUAAAUUUGAAAAGGAUCCUCAAGUAAUCAACGGAGUUUCAAACUUCCAACCAGAUCUCCGACAGAACAUCUCCAUUGACCAAUCCCAUUAUUGCCGUCUAGGUCACUCGAGCAACCCUUUGGCUACAUCAAUUGACCUUCAUCAUUUCACACCUGGAUCAGUGGUCGCUUUCCGGUUCCAGCCUCAUAAUGAGCAAUUGGAGGCUUCAAAGAAGGUGCAAGUUCAGUUGGGAACAAUUUUGGAUGAUAAUUCAGAGUUUUCCAAGAUUGUUGAAGAACUCUCUCUCCUCGAUCUGAAUUACGUGCUAUAUCGAUGUGUUCAAGAGGAGAGCGAGGAUGGAGGUGGAACGUACCAUCUCGACGGGUAUGGAUCAUUGAAAUAUGCAGGCCUACAAGGCGUGAUGUCCAUCUUGAGCGAGAUCCGACACCAAAAUGACCUCGGGAAUUGGUUACCAGGGAACUUGAGAAACGGCAACUGGUUAAUGGAUUACAUCAGCGGCCGUUUGAUCAAGAUGGAAUCGACCAACCGCCUUGGCAAGUGGUUUAGCGAUGUCUUCGGGGACAUGCGCAAGAUUCAGCGGUAUCUCAUACCUCGAUACUUCGAUGCAGUGGUUUCUACUGCCUACAUUAUCCUUCUACGACGAGCCUGGUCACAGAUGUCCUCGUUCGUAACUAACGGCUCCAAUUUCCUUCGAGCCCUGGCCCUUGGAUCUGUUUCGCAUACCGCGGUUGUCAAAUCGGCUCCUCUUCCCGCUCUUUCUCCCAAUCUCGCAGAUCCGAAGCCCUUCGUUGUGGGGGAUUUAGCCAUGGCACCCACCAUGGCAGCGGGUCUUCCUCAUUUCUCCACCGGCUACAUGCGAAGUUGGGGCAGAGACACGUUCAUCGCUCUCAGGGGAUUCCUGAUUCUCACUGGGAGGUACCAAGAAGCCAGAUACAUCAUUCUCGGUUAUGGAGCUUGUCUGAGACAUGGACUGAUUCCAAAUCUGCUGGAUGGUGGUAAGAACGCCCGAUUCAAUUGCCGAGACGCGGUCUGGUGGUGGUUGUAUUGCAUCAUUUCCUACGUCAAUGAGGCUCCCGAGGGUCACCAAAUCCUCAAGGACAAAGUGUCUCGUUUGUUUCCCACGGACGAGGCAGAGUUGUCGCCGCCAGGAGCCUACGAGCAGAACCUGGAAGAAGUAAUUCACGAGGCACUUUUGCGCCAUUUCCAAGGGCUGAAAUUCAAAGAACGGAAUGCCGGUACAAGGAUCGAUGAGCACAUGUUGGACAUGGGAUUUAACAACGAAAUUGGCGUAGACUUAAGCACAGGAUUUGUGUUUGGAGGUAAUGUUCACAACUGUGGAACCUGGAUGGACAAAAUGGGAUCUAGUACUAAAGCCGGAAUCAAGGGAAAACCGGCCACCCCUCGGGAUGGGAGCGCUGUAGAAAUUGUGGGACUCUGUUAUGCAUCCUUGGUGGGAUUAGCCAAAUUGAAUGAGCAAGGUCGGUAUCCUUUUCAUAACGUGGAAAAGCAAAAUCACGAUGGUUCGAAGAUUACUAUGACUUUGGCGGAGUGGGCCCAAAAAAUCCAAGACAACUUUGAGACGUUCUAUCACGUACAUCGGGAUGAUCCCAAUGAUAAACAUCCGGAAAUGGUGAACAAAACUGAUAUCUACAAGGACACUCUGAAUAGUGGUUUGCCUUGGACGGAUUAUCAGUUACGUUGCAAUUUCUCCAUAACUAUGGCGGUGGCACCUGAGCUUUUCAAUCCCGAGCGGGCUUGGCAGGCACUUCUGGUGGUGAAAAGCAAGCUACUUGGACCUCUCGGAAUCAAAACCUUGGAUCCAGAUGAUUGGUGCUACCGUGGAGAUUACGACAACUCGGAUGACUCGAGCGAUUGUACUGUGGCUCAUGGUUUCAAUUAUCAUCAAGGACCAGAGUGGGUUUGGCCAGUGGGUUUCUUUCUCCGGGCGUAUCUCAUUUUCGCCAAGAAGGUUCACAAAUUGGACGAGGGACGGAAUUUUGUAAUGAGCGUUUUGUCGGCUCAUUACAUCGAGGUUCAAAAUUCGCAUUGGCGAGGCAUCCCAGAGCUUACCAAUCAUGACGGAAGUUUUUGUCCCGGAAGUAAUCCCAUUCAGGCUUGGAGUAUGUCAUGUCUUUUGGAAGUGUUGUAUGACUUGGAAAAGUUAUAAACACGACCUCCUUGUUAGACAUUGCGUGCUCUUGAAUAGUUCACUUUAUUUCUUAACACUGAUUGAAUAUGUCUGAAAAUUCUUGAGUUCAAUUAAACAGAGAAGCAAUCUAACCGAUCAGAGUAUUGCUCAUCAAGUUUUACUUUUACAUACUAUUGCGCCAUCUUCUUCGAAAAUAUAUACUUUUUAAAGUUGA